CGGACAAGGCCGAGGUCGCAACAGAGCAGGCUCGGCCGCCGAGGCUCGACCUGUCCACCCCACCUCCGCAUCCCGCCGCUACACCGCACCAGCAGCCCAGAACCCGGUUCCCCGCCGAGCCUGCCCCGGACAAGGUCGAGGGUGACGGAGAUAGCAGAGAGCACCGCAUCACGACAGCAGCUGCCAACAUGAACCACCACCAUACGCAGCAGCAGCAGCAGAAAGCCGGCGAGCAGCAGCUCAGCGAACCAGAGGACAUGGAGAUGGAAGCUGGGGAGACAGAUGACCCUCCAAGAAUCCCGGCCAACCCGGUGAUCAACGGUAACGUGGCCAUGGCAGACGGACACAACAACACAGAGGAGGACAUGGAGGACGACACCAGUUGGAGAUCGGAGGCGACCUUCCGGUUCGUCGUGGAGCGCUUCAGUCGCCUUAGCGAGUCCGUUCUGAGCCCGGCCUGCUUUGUCCGGAACCUGCCCUGGAAGAUAAUGGUGAUGCCGCGGUUCUACCCUGACCGGCCUCACCAGAAAAGCGUCGGCUUCUUCCUGCAGUGCAACGCCGAGUCGGACUCCACGUCGUGGUCUUGCCACGCUCAGGCCAUGCUAAAAAUCAUUAACUACAAAGACGACGAGAAGUCGUUCAGCCGCAGAAUCAGUCACCUAUUCUUCCACAAGGAAAACGAUUGGGGCUUCUCUAACUUCAUGUCCUGGAGUGAUGUAACAGAUCCGGAGCGAGGCUUUAUCGAUGACGACAAAGUCACGUUUGAAGUCUACGUCCAGGCAGACGCUCCACACGGAGUCGCCUGGGACUCCAAGAAACACACAGGCUACGUUGGACUCAAGAACCAGGGAGCCACUUGUUACAUGAAUAGCCUGCUACAGACACUGUUCUUCACUAACCAGUUACGACGGGCGGUGUACAUGAUGCCCACAGAAGGCGACGACUCAUCCAAGAGCGUUCCCCUGGCGCUGCAGAGGGUUUUCUAUGAACUGCAGCACAGCGACAAACCAGUCGGCACCAAGAAACUCACAAAGUCUUUUGGGUGGGAAACACUGGAUAGCUUCAUGCAGCACGAUGUACAGGAGCUGUGCAGAGUUCUGCUGGACAAUGUGGAGAACAAGAUGAAAGGCACUUGUGUUGAAGGAACCAUCCCCAAGCUGUUCAGAGGAAAGAUGGUGUCGUAUAUCCAGUGCAAGCAUGUGGACUACCGGUCUGAGCGGAUAGAGGACUACUACGACAUCCAGCUUAGCAUAAAAGGAAAGAAGAACAUAUUCGAGUCAUUUAAAGAUUAUGUUGCGACUGAACAGCUAGACGGAGACAACAAGUACGACGCAGGAGAGCACGGUCUUCAAGAGGCAGAAAAGGGUGUGAAGUUCCUUACUUUCCCUCCGAUCCUUCACCUGCAGCUGAUGAGGUUCAUGUAUGACCCACAGACUGACCAAAAUAUCAAGAUUAAUGACAGAUUCGAGUUUCCCGACCAGUUACCUCUGGACGAAUUCCUGCAGAAGCCAGACUCCAAGGACCCCGCAAACUAUAUCCUACACGCAGUGUUGGUGCACAGCGGGGACAACCAUGGCGGUCACUACGUCGUCUAUCUUAACCCCAAAGGAGACGGCAAAGUGAGUGUCAAGGAACCAAUUUGGUGUAAGUUCGACGACGACGUGGUGUCGCGGUGCACCAAGGAGGAGGCCAUAGAACACAACUACGGCGGGCACGACGACGACCUGUCGGUCCGCCACUGCACUAACGCGUACAUGCUGGUCUACAUCCGCGAAUCCAAGCUCAGUGAGGUUCUCCAGCCGAUGACUGAUGGGGACAUCCCCCAGCAGCUGGUGGAGCGUCUGCAGGAGGAGAAGAGGGUGGAAGCACAGAAGAGGAAGGAACGCCAAGAGGCGCACCUCUACAUGCAGGUUCAGAUGGUGACAGAGGACCAGUUCUGUGGACAUCAGGGCAACGAUAUGUACGACGAAGAGAAAGUAAAGUACACAGUCUUCAAAAUCCUGAAGAGCUCCACCCUGCAGGAGUUUGUCCAGAACCUCUCCCAAACCAUGGGUUUCCCGCAGGACCAGAUGAGGCUUUGGCCCAUGCAGGCCCGCAGUAACGGAACCAAGCGACCCGCCAUGCUCGACUACGAGGCCGAUUGUAACAAAUCGAUGAUCGACUUGAGUGACAACGAAAACCCCUGGACAAUAUUUCUGGAGACCGUGGAUCCAGAGUUGGCAGCCAGCGGAGCCACGUUACCCAAGUUCGACAAAGACCAUGAUGUCAUGUUGUUCUUGAAGAUGUACGACCCCAAAACCAGAAGCUUAAAUUAUUGUGGACAUAUCUACACACCUAUAUCCUGCAAAAUAAGAGACCUGCUGCCAGUCAUGUGUGAGAGAGCAGGGUUCCAGCAGGAAACUAGCCUUAUCCUCUAUGAGGAAGUAAAGCCCAACCUAACGGAGCGGAUCCAGGACUACGAUGUCUCUCUGGACAAGGCCUUGGACGAGCUCAUGGACGGCGACAUAAUUGUCUUCCAGAAGGACGACCCAGAGAACGACAGCAGUGAGCUGCCCACAGCGAAGGACUAUUUCCGGGAUCUGUACCACCGAGUUGAUGUCAUUUUCUGUGACAAGACCAUCCACAACGACCCCGGCUUCGUGGUCACGCUCUCGAACCGCAUGAACUAUUUUCAGGUGGCCAAGACAGUCGCACAGAGGUUGAACACAGAUCCAAUGUUGCUGCAGUUCUUCAAGUCCCAGGGGUACAGGGACGGUCCAGGGAAUCCUCUCAGACACAACUAUGAUGGGACACUGCGAGACCUGCUGCAAUUCUUCAAGCCUCGGCAGCCCAAGAAGCUUUACUACCAGCAGUUGAAGAUGAAGAUAACAGACUUUGAGAACAGGAGGAGUUUUAAAUGCAUAUGGCUCAACAGCCAGUUCAGAGAGGAGGAGAUCACCCUGUACCCUGACAAACAUGGCUGCGUACGGGACCUUUUGGAAGAAUGUAAAAAGGCAGUGGAGUUGUCUGAAAACGGCUCUGAGAAGCUCAGGCUGUUAGAGAUAGUAAGCUAUAAAAUCAUCGGGGUUCACCAGGAGGACGAGCUGCUAGAAUGUUUAUCUCCUGCUGCCAGUCGCACCUUUAGAAUAGAGGAGAUUCCUUUGGACCAGGUGGACUUGGACAAGGACACUGAGAUGUUGAUCCCAGUCGCUCACUUCCACAAGGAAGUCUUUGGCACCUUUGGGAUUCCCUUCUUGCUCAAGAUCAGACAGGGGGAGCCGUUUAGGGAGGUGAUGAGGAGGAUCCAGACCAUGCUGGACAUCCAGGAGAAAGAAUUUGAGAAGUUUAAGUUUGCGAUUGUGAUGAUGGGCCGGCAUCAGUACAUCACCGAAGACGAGUACGAGGUCAACCUGAAGGACUUUGAGCCACAGCCAGGUAACAUGUCCCACCCGCGGCCCUGGCUAGGGUUGGAUCAUUUCAACAAAGCUCCAAAGAGAGGUCGCUACACAUACCUGGAGAAAGCAAUCAAGAUCCACAACUAAAGCAGCCUGGCCCCCCUCCCAACCCUGACUCCUUCCCUUCUUCCUCUUCCUCUUCGUUCUCCUCAUCUUCCUCAAAUCCUUCCUCCCUCCCUCUUUCCCACUUUAACAAACCAUAACCACAGACUGUAACCAACCGUGUGUGAGAGUGCGUGUUUGUGUGCGAGACUGUGUGAGUGUGCGUGCUUGCUUGUAUGCGUGUGUGUGUUCAUCACUCUUUAACACCCGCCUGGACACCUCUACAGCUCUGCACCGGCACUACGACUUCAGCGACACAGGAUCUCGCUGCAGCUGACAGAUUAUUCUUCAAAGGAAAAAUAAACUGCACCAAUCACCUCC